GUCACUAGUUUCCUCCUCAAUGAAGUCAUCGCCCCUAAAACCUCCACCAUCCAAUUACAGCGAGGCGCGUUCAGUAUCGUGUUCAAAUUACUGCUUUAAGACGGCACGGCGCGUCUACUGGGUGCGUCUUCAGAGGGCAGGUGUCCGCUAACACUGGCGGCGUGGAAGCCAGUAGGUUCGGUGAUCAUCUUUCGGAUAGGUAAAGUCUACUCUUCUGGUGGUUUUCUGUCGAGGAGCAUCUUCUCGGUACAGGGACGGAUUUAAUUUCAUCACAGAUGUGACGGUGUAAAGUGGCGAGAGUGUACCUGUCCAUGGUCCUGAAGUAAGCUGCUCGGAAUUUCACCUGCUUCGAAGUGGAGGGACUUCUGCUGGACAUGACUGCCAAGGAUGCGAUUCGAGUCACAGAGCAAAUACGUCUUGAAAGUACUGAAUAAAUAGUAUUUUAAACUCAGCACUAUUUGAACCACUACAGGACGUGAUAGUAAGGACACACUAUUUCCCUGUCGCUGAAUUAAGUGCAAGACAACACCGUCCGGACAGUGGAGCUUUGCUCCAGAAAACUGAUGCGGGUUUACCUGUAAUCAUAGUGGUUAAUGUUUGUUUAGUUCGUGGUUGUUUAGAUGUUUGUUUGAGUGGUUGUUAGUGUCUGUGGUUGUUUGCGGAAGACCUACAUGUGUGUUUAAUUAUUUGUAAACCUCUGGGCGCUGGCGAAGAUGGAGGUUUCUGCAAAUGGCUCGAGUUUUGCCAUCGAGUCAUUGCUCUCUCACAGAACCGUGAAUGCACUAGCUUCCAGAGGUGACAGCCCGAGCGGACAGUGUCUGUCCCCUGCGGCUCUGAGCCCCGCGUCGGAUCAGGAGUCGGAAUGCUCGUCGCUUCCCUCGCCGCGCAGGGAAUUGGUGGAGGACGCGGUGAAGAGACUUCCUCACACGGUCGGCCUGGAGCCUCCAUCACAAAUAUCCCAGCCGAGGACCGUGACUUCCUCUUUUCUUAUCCGAGACAUCCUGUCCGACUGCAAACCGCUCGCUACCUGCGCUCCCUACUCCAGCGCCGCACGACGAGCACGUGAGGAUGACUUUCUGGACAAAAACCACGAUUCCUCAUCAGAUUGUGAAUAUAAUGCGAGGGACGAAACAGACCGGGAGAUCUCGAGCAGUCGCGACAGCCCCACGGGUCGUAUGAAGAAGCCUAGGAAAGCGCGCACGGCCUUCACCGAUCACCAACUCGCGCAGUUGGAGAGGAACUUCGAGCGGCAGAAGUACCUCAGCGUGCAGGACCGGAUGGAGCUCGCCGUCUCACUCAGCCUGACUGACACACAAGUCAAGACCUGGUACCAAAACCGCAGGACGAAAUGGAAACGGCAGACUGCAGUCGGCCUUGAGCUGCUGGCCGAGGCGGGGAACUAUUCUGCUCUGCAAAGGAUGUUUCCAUCUCCAUAUUUCUACCCUCCGGGUCUGGUCUCUAGCCUGGACCACGGCGCCAGCAUGUAUUUGUACCGGGGAGCCUCCGCGCCCCCUCCGCCUCUACAGCGUGCCCUGGUCCCGAGACUCUCCUUUCUCCACGAGUUUCAGGGCGGUGAAGCUCCGCCGCCCCCUCUGCAUCUUGGUCCUCUGACUGCGGGUCUGCCCCGACCCACCCCACAGCGCUGAACCAACAGACCGAGACCAUGCUUUCCACGGUCAGGGCUGGGCCGGGCCAUUGAGACCGGGACAAUGCAGUUU